CCAGGGAGAGGCGCUGUUAUCACAGAUGACGAACUAACUCUAUUUGGUGGAGGACUAUGUUGUGAAAUCUUUCAAUUAGUUAUAUUUUGAUAAAUAGUUACAUUUUGGGGAGAUUUUGUCGAUUUCGUUGAGGACGCAAUGAACAACUUAACCGGAGGAUGCACAUUUUCAACGAUCCAUAUGUUUUGUUGAGGACAGUGCUGUUUUAUUCUCUGACUGAUUAGCUACUGUAGUUAGCCAAGUUGGAGUGUUAACGGUUAGCUACUGUAGCUAGCUAGCUAAUCCUAAGAAGUCACGUCUCCAGCUGGCCGCCUAACCUCAUUUCCCUUAAAAGUUAUUGUAAGGGAUAUAUCUCUCUAGUUGACAGUGUUGGUGAAGUAUGUGUUGCUUGUUUAGCCUUUGUGCGUCAACAGGAAUUGCGUUUCUGAGUACUUUAUAAGGUUAGCUAGUUACGAAUAGUCGCUUGCUGUAACUUGAGCCAAGUCUGAUUUAAUCUAACAAAAAUGAGAUAGAGGGAAGACACCGAGUACAUUUCCCGCUGAUUUAACUGCUCUGAAUUGGACCGAAAGGUUUGUGUGUGAGGCCUGCAGGUCGGGCUUUCACCGAGCUAGAGUAGGGCCGUACGCCGCCUCUGAGCGCUCCUAGGCCAGCAGCUCGCGCUGCUAGUCUGGAGGCCGGUGAUUUCAAGAAAUGGAAGGAAUGGAAGUGGACCAGUGCGCAUGCGCAGCUCCCGGGAGCGGAGGCGGGGCUCUUCGUAGAUCGAACAGCGCCCCCAUGAUCACGAGUGUCAGUGAUGGUAUGACAGUGUUCAGUCCAACUAUUUCAGGCCGGUAUCGACGGAGCAGUGUCUCUGUCAACCCCAGCUGUCCUUCUCGGGCCGUCCCGCUGUUCCCUUUCUCAUUGGGUGGUGAGAGACCAGACCACAAAAGGCAGGAAGAGAAUAUGGAGAUGACACUCAGGGGGAGUCUUCAGAGACUGAGUGCUUCCAACCUGGUCGCUCCUCCUGUCAGUCACUGGCAUGACCAUUCAUCAGGGGGAUUACAUUUACAGGACAGUGGUGUCACACCCAAUUCGUCCCCUAGUCCAACUCGAAGGUUUAGGGGGCCUACAGUCAGCUCUACUGUGAGAUGGCCUGCCCUGACUCCACUGAAAAGGAAAGGAGGAGUGGAGUCUGAUGGCCCGCCGAAGAAGCUGUUUGUUGCUGGGGUAACAGAUCCUGUUCACCGAACUAGUUACACAGUCAGUGUGUCUCAGGCCUCUGCAGACUCUCCUACAGGUGGUGUGUCUGUGUGUGGUGCUAGUCCCCAGGGUAGUCCCCUGUCCCUGUCUCCUCCCCCCUCAUUCACCUCUCACCACCCCAAUAUCUAGAAACCACAACACCAGCAGCCUAUCACAGACCAGGACUACAGUCAGCCUAUCAAGAGUCCUAGAUUCUACUCAAUCAGCCUAUCAAAGCGCUCCUCUCCCUCAAAUCAUCAGAGCCUUGGGGAUACUCAUCAUAUUCCUUGGCUCCUGAAGUAAUCAUAUCUUGAGUUGUAAUCAAGAUAAUAUAUAGAUGUUACACAAAGACUGGCACCUGUGCUUUGUUAAUCAGAAGGUUGCAUGAAAUGCCCUGCCAAAGGAAGUUGGGGGGUGAAGAAACGGAUGACAAUGGGAGUGCAUUUAGAAAAAUGUUUGAGUAACUUCUGGACUCACUCUUCGCUGUAGUUGACAUGUGGGUUGUUGUGAUAUCCAAUGUCAUUGUCAACUAUGGUUGUCAUUUUUCUUGUUGGGCUUUUGUUUAUAUCAUUUCUAAAGGUGUUACUGGUACUGUAAAACAGAAUGAGUUCUUCCAAUAGUCCAGAAAAGGCCUUGUCCGAAGUUGUGUUCAGAGGUAACAGUGAGGGCACAUUGUAAUCCCACUGAACGUGACCCAAUAGUCCUGUAUUCUUUCAUAGUCCAGAAGUAAGCGCUCAAAAAUGAGACAUGAAGACAGGGUGUCACAUCGGACUGUCGAGCCAGCGGUGGCUCAGUUUGUCUAUGUGAAUAGUGUAUUAAUAUGCGAAUACUGAUAUAAGCAGGGCUGCCUUUAAGGCAGGACUGGGAGUGGGUUCUCUGGCUGAGGGGGUUUGUGCUGUAUAUAUAGAAUCCCCAGGCAAAGCUCUGCCCAGAGGACCCACCCAGUCCAGUCCUGGCCUAAUCCUAAUGAGAGAUCUGCGUGGAUACUGGUACUUCUAAUUUUCACAUCUGUUUUUGACAUGACAUCAAUACACGAUUUUUGCAAGUCUAAGUUAGUAUGAAUAUCUCCAGUUAGGAUUUGACCCUCAGUUCAUACUUCCUCAUUAGUUCCCUUACUGGUUCUCUCCCAACUGAUGCCUUAAUCAGUUUUUGUAGCUGUGAGUUGACGAAGGAAGUGUGUGUUCCUGGAAAUCAAUCACCUCUUUUGACAGGUGUGUGUGUACUUUAGUUUGAUAGAAGGGACCUCGACUGGUGAUCUCAGUCCUCUGGGCAGAGCGUGAUAUUACCCUUUCUCUACAUGAGUACUACUUUAUAAAGGGUAGCCUGUGGGGUGUGAUCACAUUUUCCCAUUGAUUACAUGAAUGUUCUUGUUUGACUUCUAAUGUGGUAUGGUUGUACAUGCUCAGAACCCUGGUAGAUAUUGUGAAAUAUCAUUAAGUGACAUCAAGGGUAUAUCAUGCUGUUUGGGGUUGAUGUAAUCUAUUGGAAAUGUGUGGUUUUUAACCCCAUGCAUGAGUCUUUGUGACCUCCAGACCUUUUGACUUGUGAAAUAUGUACAGAGCUGCUUAGGGAAGUGUCUUAUACAAAAACAAAUAAUGUUAUUGAUAGUAACUAUGUGUAAUACUCUUCAUUCAAAUGCCCUUUCCAGAGCUGAGUUUUACAGCAACGGACAGAUUUCUCUCUCCAAAUAUCGUCUCCUUUUUGUGGACGGAACAUUCUACUUCCAAUUUAAGAUUUUGCACAGUAUUAGUUUCACAUUAUUAAUCAAUAUUGCUGUUACAUGAAUGGGAUCAUAUCCUGAUUUUAAGACAUGCUGUUGCAUUGUAUAUUUGUUGCUUAAUUUGCUCGCUUCUCAUCGGGUCUCUGUCAUGUCUCAGAGAAGUGCUUAGGUCAGCAAGGGUUGAGGGUCAUCUUCUGAUCUUAACCCCAGAUUUAGAUGAAGAAACUUAAUUUGUUUUUCCUCAGUGACAAUCAGUGAAUUUGGAGGGAAAUAAAAACUCCAGUUGUUGUUUGA